AUGACCAUCGCGACCCUGCGCGCGCUGCACGCCGCCAUCGGCACCGCGCUCGACGACAUCGAGCGCGUCUACAGCGCGCAGGCGCUCGACUUCCCCUCCCUCGACGCCGCGUUCUACGCCACCGCCCCGCACACGCCCGAGGAGGACGGCGCGGAGGCGCUCCGCGGCGACCCGGAGGUGGACCGCGCGACGAAGCACAUCGUCGCCGCGUGCGGGCAGAUGAGCGCGCUCGUGCACAAGCCCUGGUUCGGGCUGAUGGCGGACGCCCAGGCGGGCCAGCUGGCGGCGGCGAUCAGAUUCAUGGAGACGGCGAACGUGGUGGAGAUCUUGAAGGAGGCCGGCCCGGAGGGGAUGCACGUCAAGGACAUCUACGAUGCCAUUCUGGACUUGCUUCCUAAGAACGUGGAGCCCAAGCAUCCCAACGGCCUCAACCCGGUCGGUCUCUCGCACAUCCUCAGGCUGCUCGCGACGGCCCAUUAUCUACGUGAAGUCAAGCCGGAUGUGUUCACCAACAACCGACGUUCCUCGUAUAUCGACAGCGGCAAGACUGUCGCUCAGCUGCGCGACGCGCCGCACACCAAGUACACUGACACGGACGGUGUUGCCGCUUUCGUAGCACUCUGGCACGUCCCCCGAGUCUUCUGUUUUGGUCGGACCUCUCCCGACGCCCCUGCGCCCGACUCCGACAACCUCGAGGUCGCGCAUUCGUGGGCGCCCUUCAACCUCGCAUUCGAAACCAAGCUCGGAUACUUCCCCUGGCUCGAGCUGCCGGAGAACAAAGACCGGCUGAACCGCUUCGGCCACGCGAUGACCGGCACGCGCCAGUGGGACGUCCAAGGGGGCAUCCUGCGCGGGUUCUCGUGGGACGAGCUCCCCGAAGGCGCGGUGCUCGUCGACGUCGGCGGGGGGAUAGGCGCGCAAUCGAUCCAGGUCGCGGAGGCGCACCCCCACGUGCGCGUGCUCGUCGAAGACCGCAUCCAGGUCACGUCGGCCGCCGUCUCCGCGUGGGGCCCGGACAAAGCGCCGCUGUUCGAGUCGGGACGGAUGGCGUAUCGCGCGCGCGACUUCCUCGCGCCGUUCGCGCCGCCGCUCGAGGGCGCUGCGGCGCCCGCCGUGUUCCUCCUCCGGCUCGUGCUGCACGACUGGCAGGACCAAGAGGCCGUGAAGAUCUUGCGCCACCUGCGCGAGGCCGCCGGCCCGGACACCAAGCUGCUCGUCGGCGACAUGCUCCUCCCGUACGCGUGCCACGCCCCGGGCUCGCAGAGCGGCGAGGACGACGCGCUGUUCUCCGUGAGCAAGCCCUUCGUGGACGCGGACUCGCCGCUGCUGCCGAACCUGGGCCGGGCGAGCAUCCCCGGAUACCUCAUCGACAUCAUGAUGAUGGGCAUGUUCGACGCGAGGGAGAAGGCGGUGGGGGAGAUGGCGGCGCUGCUGCUUUCGGCGGGGUGGAAGGUGGCCGAGGUGCGGCGGAGCACGCCCGGCGCGUUGUGGGCGUACACCACCGCUGUUCCGGUGUGA